AUGGCCGAUAUGGUAGAUCUUACGCGUUACCUGGAUGGUCAGCUUCACAACUUGAUCACUUCCAUGCAUCCAUUCAAGUCUACUGCCAUCGUAUUUAGAUCAAAAAGGUUAAAUGCGCAGUACUUAAACCGCAACCAACUAGCUCGCAGCGUGCUGUUUCUCAUCCCUUCGAAAGAAAUUGCCCCAAAUAUGAUUCACCCUCCCCGUUCGCCCCGAGACCCUAAUCUGCUCCGCAUAGCAGCUGGCAUAAUCUUGGGGCCUUGUGUGAUGGGGAACAAUGCUAAAUACCGCCGCAUAUUUUUGGGAGAGGAAGCAAAUAUGGGGUUGUUUGACACAAUAUCUAAAAUAGGCGUGGUAUACUCCCUAUUCCUGGUCUCAGUGAAAUUUGAUGUAUCCAUGCUCAGAAGGACGGCGAAGAAUGCCUGGAAGAUUUCUCUAGCAAGCUUUAUUUUUCCUCCGAUUGUCUUCUUCGCCACUGUAUACCCGAUAUUCAGCAAAGUUUCUGGAUUCACCGGAGGAUUUAUGUUGCUCGUCUUGUUUGUGGGCACCUUAACUUUCAGCUUUUUUCCGGUAAUAGUUCAGGUGUUGGAGGAACUCAACCUUAUGACUUCGGAAUUGGGUCAACUUGCCUUGUCCUCUUCGAUGUUUAGCGAUGCAAUGCAAUGGGUCUUCUCAGUAAUCACCCUGGUAACAAUGAAAAAGGAUGCGGUUGAAGGAAUAGGGACAUUGUUUUCCUUAUUGGCGUUGCUAGCUUUUAGUAUCUUUGUCCUGCGCCCACUGAUGAAAUUGAUCACUAAGAGAUUACCGGAAGGAAAAGAAGUUGACCAAAAUUUCGUAAUCGCAGUACAACUCGGGGUUCUAGUUAUGGCCUUCGUUUCCGACAUUAUAGGUAUGAGGCAUACUUCUGGUCCUAUAAUUCUGGGAUUAGUCAUGCCAUAUGGACAAGAACUGGGAGCAACAAUAGUCGCCAGGACGGAAACCUUGGUAACAGAAUUUUUUAUGCCAUUGUACUUUUUUCGAAUCGGCUCGGGAAUAGAUGUGACUAGCAUUUCCGAUUGGAAGAGUUUUGCCAAGCUUGAGACUAUAAUUGUUGUAAGUUAUGCUGCCAAGUUUAUGGGAGUUUCAGUGGCCGGAAUGUUCGCCAAACUUAGCUUCAAAAACAGUCUCGUCCUCAGCAUGGUAAUGAGUAUCAAGGGACUAGUUGAUCUCAUAGCUUAUACUCGAUGGCGUGACAUGCAGAUCAUUGAUAAACAACUUUAUACUCAACUCGUGUUGUCUAUGGUUGGGAUCACCAUGCUGUUAACACCAUUGAUAAGAUUUUUUUACGUUCUUAAAAUACGAAGAGGAUCAUCAAUGAGCGACCCACAGUUCAGACUUAAUAUUCAGUCAUUGCCACCCAGGAAUGAAAUCUUUCGGAUUCUCUGUUGUGUCCACAAUGAAGAAAGUGUCCCCAACAUCAUCAACCUCCUGGAAGUCUCAAAUCCAACGGAAGCGAGCCCGAUUACUGCCUAUGUUGUACAUGCAGUCGAGUUCAUAGGACGUUCUGCACCACUGCUAGUCCCUUACAAGCACCACAAAAUUAGGCGGUCAUAUUCACUCACUAAUAAAAUGGUGCAAGCUUUCAAGAAUUACUCCAAAAGCUCAAGAGGACCGGUCAUGAUUAGACCCUACACGAUGGUCGCUCCUUAUAAAUCGAUGCACGAGACUAUUUCUCGUCUUGCUCUGGAUAAGUUCGUACCUCUGAUCAUCAUCCCAUUCCACGAGAACCACCAGUCUCUUGUCCUCUCUAAUAUGACAGGCGCCAUACGCCAAUUCAACUAUAAUGUACAAGCAUAUGCACCGUGUACGGUGGGAAUACUAGUUGACAGAGGCUUUCCUCUUCAGAUGAAUAUUCACAACUUCACCUACAGUGUGGUUGUGUUUUUCAUUGGUGGACCAGAUGACCGUGAGGCAUUAGCCUACGCGUCACGCAUGCUCGACAACCCUAAUGUGGAAAUGACAGUGUUCAGAUUCAUCGUGCGUGUUAUUGAGACAGAAACUAAACUAGACGAGGAGAUAGAGUUCAGCCUCGACGAGUCGUUGAUCGACGAGUUUAAGCUAGGGAACCUUGGGAAUGAACGGUUGAAUUGGAAUGAGAUCGAGGUGGAAAAUGCUGUGCAGGUUAUGACUGCCAUUACCAAGUCGCAGGGACAAUACGAUCUUGCGAUGGUUGGGCGACGACAUGCGGAUGUGUCGUUGAAGGAUGAAGAAAUGGUAGACUUUAUGCAGAAUCCAGAGCUCGGAGUGAUAGGCGACAUGCUUGCUUCUGCGGAUUUUUGUAACGGAAGGGUGAACGUGUUGGUGAUGCAAGAGAGCAGGGAGUUGAGAAUUGGAGCUUUCCGUUCCGGCGGCUCCGGGAGAAAUUCGGAUUCUAAAUCUGGGUUUAAUUAA